AAAGAGGGGAAAAUAACCCCCUGUGAAGGUCUUGGAGAAUAGAAAGUGGCGGAGUAAUCCGAAUGUUGGGCUCAAGGCAGGUGUUAUAAUUAGAAGGGUUGUAAAAAGAUUGAAGAGGUGGUGUGUGCAUCUGGUGGACUUGGGAGAGGUGGGACGCUGGGAAGCGGAGAAGGAAGAGGAAAAGAGACUGAUUUUAUUAAGAGAAAAAAAUGAGUGGUCGAGCCAGGAAAGGUGGAAUGGCAAGAGGAAGACCACCAAGGGAAGCCCAGAGUGGUGCACCUGUUGAGGGUCAGCAAUAUGGUACUAGGAGGUCUAGGUAUCGACAAUGGCAGCAAGUUCCAAAACUGGCUCCAGAACCAUCUCCAGAACCGGCUCCAGAACCAUCUCCAGAACCAGGUCCUGUUUCAGCUCCAACCCCAAUUCCAGUUCUAGAAGUGACUCAGGCAGCAACAUUGACUCAGGCACAAGGUGGAGCAGAAACUUUGACUUUGCCACCACCACCAGCAGCAGCAGCUAGGGCAUUAACUUGGUCAGAAAGGGUGGUUCAUUCACUAGGACGGGCUCGGACACCAGCACAGGCUCGGGCACCUAUACGCAUGCUACCACCACCACCAACAACAACUGUAGUAUCAACACCAGCAGCUCGAGCUUCCACACCAGCACCAUCAAGUGAGCUUGUUAGGUAUGCAGAGCCAAGAGGGGCAGAAGGAGGAGCUGAAGAAGGAGCAAGUGCAUUUCCAGAAGAAGAAGGUCAAGUUUCAGCAAGAUCAAAGGAGCCAUCACAGAAGAAACAAUCUAGUAGAAAGAAUUUCCAUGAUGUUGGUGUGAAUACUAGGGAAAAACUACAUCAUUUCAUAGAGUGCAAAAGAGGUACUUCAGGGACAGUAGUCCACUUGAAGACAAAUCAUUUCCGGCUGACAUCUCUUCCCCAGUGGGUACUGUACCAGUACCAUGUUGACUUCAACCCACAGAUGGAUUCCAAAAGACUCCGUUCAGUUUUACUUGACACACACAGACAACUCCUAGGAAAACGUUAUUCUUUUGAUGGUACAAUAUUAUUUUCAUGCCAUAAGCUACAAAAGAAGAUUACUGAAGUAUUUAGUCAGACACACAGUGGAGAGAAUGUGAGGAUAACUAUCACUUUAACAAAUGAACUUCUACCUAAUUCAUCAGCUUGCUUACAGUUUUACAAUAUUAUUUUCAAAAGGCUUUUGAAUGUAAUGAAGCUUGUACAAAUUGGGCGCAAUUUUUAUGACAUUUACAACGGGACAGAAGACUUGAGAGAUUUAGGGUUGAGUAUUUGUCCAGGUUUCAUUACCUCUAUUCUUCAAUACGAGAAUGACAUUAUGCUGUGUACUGAUGUAAUUCAUAAAGUCGUCCGAAAUGAUACUGUCUUAGAUCUCAUAAAGAAAUUUCAGAGAUCUCCAAGAACCACUUCCCGAGAAGCCAUUUGGAAGGAAAUAGCAGGACAAAUUGUUUAUACCAAACACAACAAUAGGACAUACAGAGUUGAUGGCAUUGACUGGAAACAGACUCCACAAAGCACCUUUAAAAAAGAUGGCUCUGAUAUCAGCUUCUUAGACUACUAUAGAAAGCAAUAUGGGACAAGGAUCACAGACUUGGAGCAGCCAGUCCUGGUCAGCUUGCCCAAGCGGAAAAAGGCUGAUGGGACAGAUCCAAGCCCUGCUCUGCUCAUGCCUGAGCUCUGUAACCUCACAGGUCUAACACGCUCAAUGCGAAGGAAUAAUAGGAUCACCAAGGGCAUAGCUAAUUGUACAAGGUUGUCACCUGAAAGAAGACACAGUGAACUCCGAAAACUCAUUGACAAUAUUCACCGAAAUGCUGAUGUCCGGAGAGAGCUUCAGGAAUGGGGUUUAGACUUUGAAAAACAAUCAUUAUCUCUCACUGGAAGAGUUUUGCCAGUACAGAAACUCAAUGAAGGCAGCAGAGGUAUAUCUAUCCAGUGUACAGAGUGGUCAAAAGAAAUCAAAAGAGUACAGUUAAAUAAUCCUAAACCACUGACUAAUUGGCUACUUGUCUUUAAUAAAGAAAAUUCAAGUCAGGCGAAACUCCUACAGAAGGAACUACACUUAACUGCACAUGAGCUAGGCAUAAAAUGGAAGGAUCCUGUUAUAAUAUCAGAUGUACCAUAUGAAAUUAAUACGUAUCUGGAAGUCUUAAAGGAGAAUAUUACAAAACAGACUCAGAUUGUCGUUUGUCUGCUGCCCAAUAAUAAAAAAGAAAAAUAUGAUGCUAUAAAACGUUUCCUAUGUGUAGAUUACCCAGUUCCAAGUCAGUGCAUAGUAGCUGAAACCUUAAACAAACCCCAUAUUCUCCUGGCAGUUGUUAACAAGUUGGUUCUGCAAAUGAAUUGCAAGAUGGGAGGACAUCUUUGGAAAGUUUCUGUCCCUUUCAAAGAUGCUAUGUUCAUUGGUAUUGAUUGUUAUCAUGACAUAUCAUCAGGACAUCAAUCAGCUGCAGGAUUUGUUGCUAGCCUGGAUGCAUCAUUGACUAAGUGGUAUUCUCACUGUGUCCUUCAUAAAGCAGGGCAGGAACUUCUAGAUGGUCUCAGUGGUUUUUUAGAAACGGCAUUGGAAGCCUGGAAGGAGAAUAAUAAACAAUCCAUAUUACCUAAAAUUAUUUUCGUGUAUCGGGAUGGCAUAGGAGAUGGUCAACUUGAAACUAUGGUGAAUUAUGAAGUACCUCAGAUAUUGAAUUGCCUAAAUUCUCUUCCUAAUUAUUCUUACAAACUUGUAAUCAUUGUGGUGAAGAAACGAGUGAAUACCAGAUUUUUUGCAGAGAAUAACGGAAACCUCAUAAAUCCAAAUGCUGGAACAGUCAUUGAUGUGGAGGUUACCAGACCAGAAUGGUAUGACUUCUUUAUCAUAAGUCAGUCUGCAAAGGCAGGUAGUGUGACACCGACACAUUAUAAUGUGGUCUUUGAUAAUACUAACCUGAAACCUGAUCAAAUACAGUGCUUAACUUAUAAGCUGUGCUACAUGUAUUAUAACUGGACUGGUGUAAUUCGAGUUCCAGCUCCAUGCCAAUAUGCCCACAAACUGGCUUUCCUGGUCGGCCAGAAUGUACGUAAAACUCCCAGUAAGGACCUGUCAGAUCGUCUUUAUUUCCUUUGAAUAGCAGACCCUUCAGACUUCAUUCACAGAUGAAAAUUUUCAGAAGAAUCUUGGAAUCAACUUUACAUGAAAUACAGAACAGGAAGAUUCUUGCAGGAGAGUUGGAUUUUCUUUAUACUUAUGGGUAAACACUAUUUGAAGAGCUGCUGGCUCAAGUGAGAAUUCUUUUGGGAAAAUAAGAGAACUACAAAGAAGAACCAUCCUCAAGUAAGAGAGGUAGCCAUUAUGGAGAAUGGGACCCAUAGAGACUGGUAGACAGGGAAAAUUAAUUUUGUUGUGAUUUAAUGAUGAUUCACAUCUAAGAUUGUGAUGUAGAUUCAAGAUAGCAACAUUUUGCUGUUAAUGUAAUAUUAACAGAGGAUAGUCUAAAUUUGUUUACUUAAAUGUUUCAUUUUGCAUGUUUUAUUUAAAAGUACAUGUGUUGUUUUCUAUGAAUUCAGAGGGUAAAUACUUAGUUUAGGACCUUUAUGUGUCCUUAGUCAUUGUUGAAGUUCAUGUCUGAGUCCUAUAUUUCUUUUGUCAUUUAACCUAAGGAAUAGCUUUAUAAACAUUGUUGUUGUUUGUUUUGGGGAAAAAAAAAUAGGGAUAAUCUAAUCU